AUGUUGGGAUUCGGUGCUGGCUUCGUGGCUAUUGUCGCCUUUCUUGGGCACUCGACUUUCGCUGCUUCCAAUAAUAAGACCUCGUCUUCUGCGGCAGUUCACUGGCUCGGAGAAACCCCGGCAUUUGCUUCUGGCGUCACCUUUGGUGUACCGUGGCCGAAGGGCAAAUUUUGGCCCGGGGAAACGAGAUUCGGUGUCGUCGGAAACACUGGGCAUAUUGAAGAUCUACAGUCAUGGACAACCGGCUACUGGGCCGAUGGCUCACUCAAAUGGACUGGUCACGCUAUCGGAAGCUCGGAGGUUUUCUACGAUAAAUACACAAUUGUUGCAUCAUCGUCAGCCUAUACCCGCAAUUCUUCUUCGUCAACCUCAACGGGCAAUAGCACCAGCUCGCUAAUCGUCACCAAUGGUUCGAGUGAAACGACUGUGAAUACCGGAAAGCUUUCGAUUACCUUUCCGAAAGAGGGCAGCAUCAUCGUCAGCACGAUCAAGACCGAGGAAGGCAAGACGGUGGCGGAGAAUGGAAGACUUAUCCUGCAGUCACAGAACUGGGUGCCCGACACCCCUGAGAACCGAGGAAAUGCCUCGAUUCAGUACUCCAACUUUGGCAGCAGCAUCAACGAGGUCACAGUCGACCACGGCUCCGCCCGGGCUCUCGUGACUAUUCGUGGCCAGCACAAGUCCACUGGCGGCACUGACCAUGAUCCGUGGUUGCAUUUUGUUCUACGAUUUUAUCUCUAUGCCAACUCUAGCUCGAUCAGGUUGCUUCAUAGCAUCGUCUUUGAUGGAGAAGCAGACAAAGAUUUCAUCACGGGACUGGGAAUCAGAUUUGACGUUCCUCUGAAGGGCGAAGAACAAUACAACAGACACGUCAGGUUCGCUGGCGUCGAUGGAGGGAUUCUCAACGAGGCUGUUCAGGGAAUCACCGGGUUACGGAGAGACCCUGGUGAAAACGUGAGAACUGCUCAAGUCGAAGGUCGUGAGCUGCCAGACACUGAGACCUGGGACGCCAGGGUUACCACGCGGCUCAAGUGGAUUCCUACCUGGGGAGACUACAGUCUGGCACAACUGACGUCCGAUGGCUUCAGCCUUAAGAAAAGAACCAAGGCCGGCCAGUCAUGGGUCAAAAUCCCAAGUGGAUCCCGCGCAGAAGGUCUCGCCUAUCUUGGCGGUGCCACCCAAGGUGGUCUCGCUGUCGGAUUGCGCGACUUUUGGAAACGGUACCCGUCAGGACUCGACAUCUCCAAUGCUGCGUCCGACACGGGCGAAAUCACCCUCUGGCUUUACAGCCCCGCAGCUGAGCCUUUGGAUCUGCGACCAUAUCAUGACGGUCUAAAAGAGGAUGGAUAUGAGGAUCAAUUGGAUGCCCUCGAGAUCACCUACGAAGACUAUGAGCCCGGCUUCAACACCCCUACGGAAUCGCACGAACAAGCGAACGACGAACUCUCCGGUCUCACAAGUUACAUCAACAGCCCUCCUGUAUUGGUGCCAGAACCGGAUUAUAUCCACCAAACCAAGGCUCUUGGAGAGUACUGGGAGCUCCCUGUUACUGACAACGAUGCGUCCAAAGCACUCGAGAGCCACCUAGACUUCAUAUUAGAGUUCUACAAAUCGCAGAUCGAGCAACGACGAUGGUAUGGGUUCCUGGAGUACGGCGACUUCAUGCAUACCUACGACACUGACCGACACACCUGGCGCUAUGAUAUCGGCGGAUACGCCUGGGACAACUCGGAACUUUCUCCUGACCUUUUCUUCUGGCUAUAUUUCCUACGAACGGGCCGCGAGGACGCCUACAGAUUUGCAGAGGCUUUGACGAGACACACAGGCGAAGUCGAUGUAUAUCAUAUUGGUGACUGGAAGGGUCUGGGCACCAGACACGGUGUACAGCACUGGGCAGAUAGUGCCAAGCAGGCGCGAAUCUCGCAACCGCAGUACAGAAAGUACUUCUUCUACCUCUCCGGUGGAGAUGAGCGCAUUGGAGAACUUUUGGAAGAGCUGCUGGAUACUGAUAAGACGCUGGCUCAUCGAAUGGGAACGUCGUGGGCCGCGAUGGCAGGAGGCAAAACCAAACUGAACAACACCGUCACGGGAAUUGCAAAACUCACCAACGGCUUCGUGACCGGCUCUGGACUGUACAACCCCGAGACCUGGACCUUGGGACCUCCCCCUACCGACCCUGAAAACCACGGGAAUGUGUCUGUCUCGCAUCUUUCCGCUGUCUUUGGGCUUCCGGAGGUUGUGUCAGAGGUAAUUUCCUACUUUGGUAAUGAUCUGCCUGAUGGAUUCAAGGAUGCCUGGCUUGAUUACUGCUAUUACUAUCGCGCAUCGGCGGCGGAACAAAUAGCGCGAUAUGGAGCCAGCUUUGGCAAGCAGAGCCUAUAUCAGGCCCAUUCCCGGCUGGCCGCGUACGCAGCAUACGAGACGAGCAAUUCUAGCCUGACCUUACGCGCGUGGAAAGACUUUUACACCGGCGAUGGUAUCGCACAAAAUGCUUCAUGGAGCACGACCCUCAUUAAUGGCAGUGCCGUCCUCACUGCCAUUGAUGAGGUUGAAUGGCUAGCUACCAAUGAUAUUUCGCAAUAUGGGCUAGCGGUCAUUCAGAACCUAGCCUAUAUCUCCAGUGCACUUGAGGAGUAUGCAGUUUGA